AUGGGUGACCCGGGCGCCGGGCACGCUGCGCCCGCUCCGCUGCAGGAGAUCGCCAGCAGAAUCUCUGACCUCAGCAAGUGGAGGGAAAUCUUUAGUUCCUGUGGCUUGGAAAUCAACAGCACGACUCAUCAGCAAGGACCGAGCAGCGCUGGCCCCGGCCCGCCCGGAGCCGGGGAGCCCCCGGGGUCACAGCCCCCCUCCACCGUGCCCCGGCCCCUCCUGCUCCCUCGGGGCACGGGCGGCUGCCCCAUCUCCCCGGACACGGCCAUGAGGCUGCAGCAGCUGCUCUUCGGCAGCACGGCGCCCCUCUUCAGCUGCGAGUGGGCAGCAGCGCGCUUCAGCUUCCACCCGCCACGCUCCCACCUGGCCUACGCGCUGCAGGCAGGACAGGGAGGAACAAGAGCCAUUCUGGCAGCUGUACAAGCACACAUCAUCACAUUCCUGCUCUUCACAAGAGAGACAGAAUGUACUCACCUGGAAAGGCUGUGCCGGCUCGGGCACAGGGAGCAGGGCCAGGCACUGGCCACGGCCCUGGCAGAGACCCUGUGGGCAGCAGGAGGAGGUGGCAGAGCUGUCGUGUGCCUCGUCACUGCCCCUGUCACCACGAUGCCAUGUGAAGGCUGCAGGGCCGACAGCUUCACAGAGAGAAUCCGGCUGUUCGAGUUCUCAGAGAAAGCUGCUGCUCAGGAGUUCAUCUCUGAUCACAUAAACUCUUUCAAAGGUGAAGGAAGCCAUGGAGUGAUCCUAUUUUUAUACAGUUUACUUUUCUCUAGGACACUUGAAAGGGUCCAAGAGGAUUUGGGUGAUGCAGCUCCUCUGUUGAACAUCAGUUCUGGAAAUAUCACCUGUACGGAGGUGAUGAUGACGAUGAUGAUGAUGAUGGUGAUGGCCGUGCUCAGCCUGCUCCUGACGGGCCGGGCGAGCCCGCGGCUGCUCGGCGGCGGCGGCCGGGAGCCGGAGCCCGGCGCUGGGGACGGCGGAGGCGGCGAGGCGGCGUGCCCGCGGGGCCGCGUGGGCUUCCUGCGCUGGGAGCGGGCGCGGCGGCAGCGGCAGGUGAGCCCCGGGCUGCGGACGCCCCGGCUGCCCGUGUGGCUGUGCAGCCUCUUGGGCAGGCACAGCGUGCUCUUUGGCACCGACAGCCGGCUGCUCUCCGACUGGAAAGCCGAGAGAAUUUUCCACCUGUACUUCUACAGUGGGCAGCAGGAGCAGACCCAAACUGCCCGCCUGACGAUAGACACUCGUUCGCAUCACUGGGAAGAGGCUCAGAGGGAAGGCCUCUGCAGCCCAGGGAGGAGGCGCCCAGCCCUGGAGAUGGCAAUCAGGACCAAGUGGCCAGGUGCGACCGUCAGCUGGAACGGGACAGACCCCUUCUUGUGA